AUGGAUGUCAGUUCUGACUCAACAAUAGAGAUGGUGGUGCAAGAUCAAAACCUGCCUCCGACUUCUCCAUCUCAUCAGAAUAGAUGUACGAGAAGCAGUCAACAAGGUUCUUCCUCCUCUAAACUCAAAGGAGUGAUACCACUGAAAGGUGGUAUGUGGGGGGCAAGGAUCACCUAUAACUACAAGCGAUACAGGCUUGGGACAUAUGAAACAGAGAUUGAGGCAGCUAAAGCAUAUGAUAGAGCUGCAGUCAAGAUGCCGCGAGCUCAUUCCCUAAACUUCCACCGGAGUAAUUACAGUGUAGAAGAGAGCGCUUUCCAAAGUCAGUACUCAAUUGAGGAAGUUCUGAGGAUGUUGCAGGAUAAAACGUACUCAUCGAUGCUUCAGAAUUUUAUUUUGAAUCAUUCAACUUGUGUUGGAUUUCAUGCAGAAGCCUUCAUGAAGGAACAAGAGAUUUCAUAUGACUUUCUCUUUAAGAAGGAACUGAGUCAUAUGGAUGUCACUCACAAGUGCUUCCUGGUUCAAGGGGAUUAUGCAUCACUACAUUCCCCCCCAAUAGAAGAUGAAGGCUGGAAUAGCUUUGCCACUUUGUAUGAUAUACAUCGCCGCUCAUGGACAUUUGGAUGUUCAUAUUGGCAGAGUACACAAAGCUUUAUUUUUACUAGUGGCUGGGGAGACUUUCUCGAGAUGUAUAACCUGAAGGAGAAAGACAAAAUAAUAAUUUACAGAUGCCGGUACCAAGGGGAUGCUGUCAGGAGAAAAUUUCACUUGAUUAAUGUGCUGAGAAGUACUGCAGAAAGUUCUGUUGUUGGUAUGACUACAGAGCAAGAUGUCGGUUUGAGAGGAAGCUUGAACAAGGAGUUGGAGGCUGAUUGCACUAGUGAGGUGAAAAAGAGAGGGUUUAAGCUCUUUGGUAUUGAGAUUAGUGGUUAA